AUGCAGUGUAGACAUGCCGUGGGAGGUGCCCUUUGUGAGACGGGGUGGGGCAGGCAGGCUGGGUCCCUAAUGCUAGUGAUCCACCUGGUCUCUUGUUCUACUAAUGUUUCCAAGGCUUCCAGCCCCAAGAAAGUGAUGGAAGGGGCAGUGACCCGGAAGAAGAAGGUGGCACCCAAGUUGGUACUCACUGAAGAACAGAAACAGCAGUUGCGAGAGGCCUUUGAUUUGCUUGAUACCGAUGGCACUGGUACUGUCGAUGUGAAGGACUUGAAGGUGUCCAUAAGAGCCCUUGGGUAUGAACCCAAGAAAGAAGAGAUGAAGAAAAUUGUAUCAGAAGUUGAUAAGGAAGGGUCAGGGAAGAUCAACUUUGAUUCCUUUUUGUAUGCAAUGACUCAGAAAAUGUCUGAGCCAGAAUCCAGAGAGGACAUUCUGAAAGCCUUCAAGCUCUUUGAUGACAAUGGAACUGGCAAAAUCUCUUUCCAAAAUCUCAAACGUGUGGCCGGUGAGAUUGGGGAAAACCUCACAGAUGAGGAGCUGCAGGAAAUGAUUGAUGAAGCAGAUGUGGAUGGAGAUGGGGAAGUGAAUGAACAGGAGUUCCUGCGGAUUAUAAGGAUGAACAGCAUGUAGCUAGAUGUUUCUCUUUUCUUUUUACUCACAGUUUUAAAUACAGUUGGUAGGUACAUCUGUUUUUUCUCCAGCCUCUCUCCAUUCUCCUGGGGUUAAAAAAUGGGGGAUCACUAUCAGAAUUUUUCAGAAUCAUGGUUGCAGUGGGACUGAAUUACUGAUUUUUAGCUGUCUAUAUCCUAAUGUUGGAUUCCAUUGCAGAAUUUUUAAAUGAUCUCAGGUAGCAUUCUGGGUGUAGGUCAAAUAUUGACUUGUUUUUUGAUUGUUUUCAUGUUCCAAUGUGAUAACUUCAUUCCCCUUUUAAUUGCUUCCAAAAAAGGCAGGGGAACAGACUUUCGUGAAUAACAGGAAACAUUUUUCAAAAUGUACUUUUUAAGAAGGAGCCGAUCCCAGCGUCCGAUCCCAGAAACCCGAUCAAAAUCUGUUCCUGGCACAUACUUAGGCCCUGAUCCUGCAAUCAGAUCCGUGCUGGUGGACCCUGUGCCCCUGCAGAGACCCAUUGACUUCAAAGGGCCUUCCUGCAGGGGUCUGUCCAUUCAAAGCCAAUUGCAGAAUGGGUCCUUAUUUGUCUAUAGCAUUCACCUAAAAAGUGAGAUGCAUGUAUCUGAGACUUUUAAGUUGAUUUUGAUUUAGCCCAGUGUGGGAAUUUGAGGUGUUUCACUUUAGCAAUGUGAGAGUCCCAGUGCAGUGAAUUGGUAUAGAAGAUGCAUUGCAGAUGGUGAACUCUGUCAUCACCCUUCCUGAAGUACACACUGAGUUGUCAUCAGUAUUUUAUCCCCUGGCCUGAUUUUACACUCUGGUUUGGGAAACACUGUUUUCAUUUGUUAUAUCCACUGGCGCUAAUUAUUUUCUGUAUCCCAAUAAAACUUGUUUAUAACUUUUUCUCUUCAUGGAUUAGUU